AAAUCGAAACUACACAGGAAAAUAAUGAAAACAAAAUCGUCAAUAUAAUGGGUUUCAUUAAUCGCAAAACUGCAUUUAUAUAAUAAAUAGUACGUGAUUAUUGAUUGGCAAUUCGGAAUGAAACAGAUGUAGUCGGGUAUCUUCACUUUUGCUGGCGUAAAUUGAUAUGCUACAUUAUUUUUAAAAUAAUGGGCGACCAAGAAGAAAUUUCAACUGAGGGUAUUGAUCCGAAAGCGCUUGCAAGUGCCCGUGUGUUACAGUCAGUGGCAAAAGAAAUAUCAAAUGAUGAAGAUCAGACAAAACAAUUAAGAUUUAUUGUUGAGACGAUUGCAAAUGAAUCACUUCUCGAAGACAAGGAUUACCUGGUUUUGACAGGCAAGACGAGAGAGUUUGUUAAUAAUCUAGGUUUCACGACCCCGUUUUCGGUCAGUAAGACUAAAGAUAUCAUUAACAUACUGCUCUUGAUGUGGAAUCAUACAAAUGUCACUAGAUAUGUUAUGAAAAGUGUUUACAAUGUGGAUAUCGCUUCGACAGCAGACGAGAUGAUAGAUCAGUUUCCGAGUGAUCUUAAACAGCUGGAUGCCCAGUCUGCUGAAAUUUUCGCCAAAGCUCUUAAAGAUGGCUCCGAAAAAGUUAAGAAUAUCCGCCUUAUGGUCGUUGGCAUGUUUGGUGUGGGAAAAACGUCCCUUGUUAAAAAUCUGAUUAAAGACUUAAGGGACGAAAAUUUAAAACCUGUUAGCACUGAAGUUAUUGAACUGCGAAGAUGUCAGCUGAUGGAAAAUGGCGACUGGUGCUUAGAUAAAGACCAAAAAGAAGCCAAAUAUAAGAUUAGAUAUCAAGCCGCUUUUAAGGAAGCCAUUCAUACGCCAACAGUCGAUGAUUUUUCUUCAUGUAUACCGUCUACCUUAGACGAAACCACCCCUGACUCUGAAGUUAACGACUCGGUUACUGAGAAACCAACAGAUGCUUUAGAAGAAAUAAAGAAACACGUCGAAGAACGUAAAGACGAUGAGGGAAUAAGAGGCAUAAUUGAAUUUGCUAAGAAGGUACCUGAAGUUGGUGAGGAUGUUAUCGUCAAUAUACCUGUUCCUGUUGCAACGACAGGCAUCACUGUAUCUGUUUGGGAUUUUGCAGGUCAGACACUGUACUAUUCUACCCAUCAAUUCUUCCUGAAUAAGAGGUCUAUAUAUCUUGUUCUUAUGGACAUGACUAAAAAGUUGGAUGAGUGUAUACAAGAAGAUGAAACAAGUGGAAUAUGGUGUGGUUUGAGUGAAGAAUGUAAAUAUUUGGAUGUAUUUAAGUUUUGGCUGAAUGCAAUCCACAUGUACAGCGGUUAUAGGUCUAUGACAGGAAAUAUAAAACCAACUGUGAUUUUAGUUGGUACUCAUAAAGAUAAAAUGGAAGGUUCUGACGAGGAGAAAGAGGUCAAGAAAGAUAAAUAUUUUGAAAAAGCACUGCAAGCAUUUAGAGGUACAAAAAUCUUGCGGCAUAUUCAUAGGAAAAAAUACUUGGUGAAUAAUUUAACUUCUGAUGAUCCUGUUUUCAAACAGAUACGAAAAGAAAUUCGACGUCUGGCAGAGAAGCAGGAAUUUUGGAAUGAAAACUAUCCUGUAAGAUGGAUCCAGAUGGAACAGUCUCUUGACAAAUUGAGAGACAGUGGAAAACAACUACUACAGAGAAAUGAAGUUAAUGCAGAAAAUCAAUCAAAUGUUCACCCAGUUAUUGAAAAAGAACUAGAUUUGUUCUUGGACAUUCAACAUAGGCAUGGCAAUAUUUUAUAUUUCAACACAGAUCAACUGAAACAUUUGGUUGUUCUUGCACCCCAGUGGAUCAUUGAGGUAUUCAAGUGUUUUAUCUCGCAUAUAAAGAAUAAAGAUCCUCAAUUGAGCGUACAAUGGAGUGAAUACAAGAAAAAUGCUAUUCUAAAACCAGAGAUUUUCAGUGAAAUUAUGGACAAUGCCCCACCGAAUAUUGAAGAAAAUAGACAGCAUAUCAUGAUGUACAUGGAGCAACUAGAUGUUAUGGCAAAACCCUUAAAACCUGAAGAAUGCAAAGAAAUCGAUGCUCUCGAAGAACCUGAACAAGAAACUUCUGAUGCAGCUGAAGAAUUGAAUGUCAAUUUUUUAGAUUUUCAUAUUGUUCCGUGUCGUCUGAAGAACCCACCACCUCCCAUAGUCCAGUUUACUUCACCGGAAAAUUGCAAGAAAACGCCAGUUCUAUGUUUUGUGUUCAUUGAUAAUUUCAUGCCACCAUCUUUUUUCCACCGACUUGUUGCUGUGUGUAUUCGCACUUGGCCUAUCAGCCAACAAAAAGGAAAAAAUCUGUUGUACAAUGGGCUUGCAGUGUUUGAAAUUCGUGCAACUUAUCGUUUGACAAUCUGGUACAAAGAUCACAUUAUUUACGCACGAAUAUCAUCUUGUUCGAAGGAGCCCUUAUUUGAAUUUGAUUUCAAGUUGUGUCAUGGUGUAAGACGCAAACUCAGACACAGUUUGGAAAACUUUGUUGCUCAAUCAUUGGAAAAUCCCUGGACUGCUAGAAAAUUGGAUGAGAACAUUCAAUGCCCAUACAUGAAAGAGUCUUCGUACAAUGCAGGCAUGUUUAGGGUGAAGGAUUUCGUGUAUAAUCGUGAAUUGUCUUGCACGGCAUGUCCGGAACAGCAUGCGGUAGGAAGAGAAGAGGCGAUGAAGGACUGGUACAAGGAAGCAUUAGAUCGAAUGCAAAAUGAUGAUGAUUUGAAUAGACCAGUCGAGGAAAGUGAUCUGACUAAGGCUGCCAAGAUGGUCGGUAAAGAAUACUGGAUGUUGGGCAUUGAACUGGGAUUGACCGAUGCGGAAAUGGAACAACUAAAUAAUGAGAAGGAAUGUAAAAAGAAUCGUAGUACGUUUGUGUUUAGAUACAUGGUGAUGUGGAAGGACAAGGAAGGAAAGACUGCAACACUGCAAAAUCUUCAAAAAGCCAUGCAGGCUGCUAUUCUAAAUCACUAAAAUGAUGAUGCUUCCACAGCAAGCAUGUAAACAACACAUUGUUCUCGAUAUCUCUGUAUCCAAUUGUGAAGAAGGAUAAACAAAGAUUCCCAAGAAACAUCUGCGUUAGGAAUUUCCUAUUUGUGUAUUCGUGUGGAUUUUGUGAAAUACACUCAGUGUUCAGCUGACGGUCUUUUUUAUCACAAUUUGUAAAUUAGUGACACACACGAUACGUCUUGUGUCCAUGGAUUGACUAUGGUGUUGGUGCCUCGUUGUUAAUUAAGUAAUUUAGUCUGAACUUAAGUUCUUGAAUGCAGGUAUAGAUAAAUAAAAAGGGGUUCUAAAGACAUUUGCACCUAUAUUGCUGGGCAACUCAUUUCUUAAAGUUGAUAUCCCAGGAAUUUUCUUGUGUGUGUUUGUUAUAGUUUUUUAAUUAUAAUUAUAUAGCCUCAUACUGCAGAUAUAGUGGAGUGAAGGUGCAAAGCUUUUUGCAAUGUUUGUCUACGUAGUGUGUUUUUGUUCAAUCUUUUAAACAUAACGAAAUACAUUUAAUGCAGAUUAUUUUUCAAUUGUUUUCUACAGCAGACAUGUCAAUUUAAUUGGGAGUAUAUUUGUGAAAAGAACAUAUACAGAAUGUUUCAAACCAAAGUCAAAGCAUAUUCUUAUAUUCUUGUAAACUCUAAAAAAAAGUGUUUUUGUAUAUUUUCUUGUAAUAAUCUUCUGCAGUUGUUGAGCAUUUUAAUGAAUUAACCAUGUUCAUUUGGUCAUAAAUCGCGCAUGUGUGUAUGUGUAUUCGUUCGUGCAUGCGUGUUUAUUUGCACGUCGUAAUCAGUGUGCAUUUAUUAUACAAUUGAUAUUUAUAUGUAUCUGGUACAGACGCGACUAAACAAAGUGUUGUUGUUUUCGUGAAAAGAAUGUUGUUAAAGUUGUACAUUGUGAUUAGGGACUUUUGCGCUGGAGUUGGGUGUUAUUGUUUAUUCAAAAUCGUAGAACCCACGACAUUUAAUACUUCUAUAUAAACUCUUUUUUUUUAUCAUAAAGUGUUUCUUGAUAUCAUGUGUUUCUGCAACAUAUUUAAACAUUGGUGGUUUUGUUAUUAAUGUGUACGUGUGAUUUUUUGUAAAUUAGUUAAAAAUGAUUUUUAUUUGUAUUAUUUCUACAUGCUUUAAAAAUAAAUCAUUUUGUUCUUGUUUCCUAUAUCUCGCAGUAAGCAAGAGACGCAAAUUGAUGUUUAAAUUUCGAUAUAAAGAAUUGUUUAGCUAAAUGGAGUAAUUAGGGCGUUCGAUAAAAUGCGACGUACUAGUGAAAGUAAUACGUGUUUAACAAAAAAACUACGAUUGAAGUAUAUUAUAUUAAAUGUUCUUAUGAACUUGAUGUAGAGUAUUCAGUUAUAUUAAAGGGUUUGCUUGGAUGAGUGUGAAAAUGUUAAGCACUUUAAAACUUCAUUUAUGCAAAACACUUUAUAUUAAUUCAAACUUUUCUGUUGAACUGAUGUAUAGACAUCAAUAUCAUGCUGUCUAAUAAACAACAUGAAGUAUGUCGGAUGUUAGUAGGUAAAGAAAUAUUUAUGUAAGAACAUUCAGGGGAAGUAAACGUCUUUGACCAAUAUGCUUGUAUUAUCAAAUUUACAUAGGAAGCACCUCCCCGGUAUUGGUUUUAAAGACAUGUGCCAGGUGACAAGUAAGCAGAGAAUGUGAUUGACUAACAAAUCAUGAAAACUAUGGGCAUGAUGUUGAUAUCUCAUGAUAAAUGUGUUACAAAGUAUGUUUAUCAAUCCGACAAUUGUCUCAUGUUGUGUAUGGAUAUUUAUUGUUUUAAAAUUGCUCUUUAUUAAAAAUUAAUAUGUUUGUUAAUUAACAAUUAUUUAAAACAAUCAACAAAACGUGUUGUGUAAUGAAUAUUGUUGAAUGUUAUUUGAUUUAAAGAUUUGCCUAAAAAAUAGCGUUAAAUUUUUGUUUUAGUGGUUUUAGAAAGGUACUUUACCAAUAUGCUUUUCAGUAACAUUGGCCUAUAAUGAAAGUACUCUGUGUAUUCUUUAAAAUAUUAACAACUGAUACAACUGUAAUAAUCCCUGCAAAAUAUGUUGGUUUGAACAAUAGCGAAAUAAAUCACUCCCAAUAUUAAUAACUAUGCAAAUAAACUGUAUACUUAUAGACUAAACUGGUGUUUUCCUAAAAUUAACUUUAUUGACAGUAGCAAACGUGUUUAUAGUUUUAUUUUGAACAAACGUUCGAUGAUAAUUUCCUCUUUGGCACAUAUUGCUCCAUGAUUUUAUAAUUAUAAAGUCGUUAUGCAAAUUUAACCUUUUAUGAUAAUACUUUGACAAUUAAUGAAUCAAACUAAACAAUUGUAAUGACUUUAAUGUGUAUAAGAACACUCUAAAUAGUAAAUUUAUGUUUAUUAUCUACAAUAUUUCGAAAUGUAUAUGUAACUUGUCAGGUAAUGUAACGUUCAACGUGAUUUGCUGGAUAUAUACUGCAGUUAAGAUCUAGCCAAUGGAAACGCAUUUUAAACAAUGUACAAGAUUAUGCAAAAUAAAAGAAACAUCGUGUUAUUGUAAAUAGAAACAAUAAACUGAAUUGCAAAGGAAUAUGGAAAUUUCUAAUAGAAUUAUUGGUUUACAUCGUUGUUCACAUGUGACAAAAACAGAACUUUCGAGCUUUUUGAAAGAAAUGUAUGUCCUAAUUCAAUGAAAAGCUAGUAGUUUAUUUACCAGGUGUAUGAAUUUCUACAAGAUAAAUGUAGUUUAUGUUGUUAUACAGUGUAUCUGGUGUAUUUAUUGCUUUUUGAAGCGAAUUGUUCGCCAUAUAUCAGUACAUUUUUACAGAAUAUAUUGAGUAAUUAUUUAAGGUCUCCAUGUUUUUAGUAAAAAAAAACACGGAGUAAAACGUAUUUAAAUGAAAUAAAUAUGUUUCGCUUAAUGUAGUUAUUUAACAAGUUAUGUUUUAAAUUGCUUAUUUAAUACGAUAACAUUGUAAUAUUAUCCAUGCAUACUAUUCAUGUAUAUCUUAAUGUCUGCAUUAAAAUAUGUUGGUCAAACAUGCGUUUGAAUAAGGAAUUGGUAUGCAUUAAUUUUUGUUUUCAGUAAAUAUUAAUUAUACAAUUAUCACUAAUUUUACAAUUUACUACAUGUGUAUUUGUGUUACAAUAAUUGAGAUGCAUUGAAGUGAUCUGAAUAUGAUAUUUAGUAAUAGUAAUGAUUAAUAUGGAUUUUAAUAAUGUGAGUAAGCUAUAUUUGAUUGUUUACCUUCAAAUGUAGAAAUUGUAAUCAAGAGUUAUGAAAUUUACGUUAUUUUUAUGCAUCAUGCCAUAUUUUAUUAAUACAUGUCUAGAUGCACACGUACAUUAUUAAUGAAAAUAGUAUUGCAUUAUGAAUAAGCCUUCAUGCAUGUGUUGGAGGUAGACACUAUUUACGUGUCAGUUGGUAUUUUGUUUCCUCUUAAAAUUUAUUAUGCGGUUAUUAUGCAUACUUUUAUGAGUGUGCUAUUUUAGAAAUAGUUGUUUGUCUUGAGUUGUUAAUUUCUUAACAAGCAUAAAAAUAAAAUAGAAACGUUUAUAUCACAGUUUUAAACAACGUUUACUAGUAAAGGGAAAAUUAAUAUUUGUAUUUUCGUGAAUGGACUUUACCUGUUUAAUUAUGGUCAACUUAACGAUAAAUCUUAUAAAUGCAACAGCGCGUGCAAACAUUAAUUUCUAUUUUAACAAGUAAAGGAAAAAGAUUGAAUAAAAACAUGCCUUGCGAAAUAACAUGAAUUACAAUAAUACAUUUUAUUUUCUCCCACAAUUGCUUUUAACAACUUUGCUUUUUACAAUUCAAACAUAAUUUUCAAAUUCCAAAGUAAACGUCGAUACUUUUCUUUGCUUGUUAAUAUUUGUAUAAUUAUCAUUAAGCAUUUCUUUUUUAUGCCCCCCUUCGAAUAAGAGGGGGUAUAUUGCUUUGCUCAUGUCGGUCGGUCUGUCGGUCGGUCGGUCUGUCGGUCCGUCCACCAGGUGGUUGUCAGACGAUAACUCAAGAACGCUUGGGCCUAGGAUCAUGAAACUUCAUAGGUACAUUGAUCAUGACUCGCAGAUGACCCCUAUAGAUUUUGAGGUCACUAGGUCAAAGGUCAAGGUCACGGUGACCAGAAAUAGUAAAAUAGUUUUUGAAUGAUAACUCAAGAACGCAUACGCCUAGGAUCAUGAAACUUCAUGGGUAGAUUAAUCAUGACUUGCAGAUGACCCCUAUUGAUUUUGAGGUCACUAGGUCAAAGGUCAAGGUCACGAUGACCCGAAAUAGUAAAAUGGUUUCCGGAUGAUAACUCAAGAACGCAUACGCCUAGGAUCAUGAAACUUCAUGGGUAGAUUGAUCAUGACUCGCAGAUGACCCCUAAUGAUUUUGAGGUCACUAGGUCAAAGGGUAAGGUCACGGUGACCUAAAAUAGUAAAAUGGUUUUCGGAUGAUAACUCAAGAACGCUUUUGCCUAGGAUCAUGACACUUCAUAGGUACAUUGAUCUUGACUCGCAGAUGACCUCUAUUGAUUUUGAGGUCACUAGGUCAAAGGUCAAGGUCACGGUGACCCGAAAUAGUAAAAUGGUUUUCGGAUGAUAACUCAAGAACGCAUACGCCUAGUAUCAUGAAACUUCAUAGGUAGAUUGAUCAUGACUUGCAGAUGACCCUUAUUGAUUUUGAGGUCACAAGGUCAAAGGUCAAGGUCACGGUGACCCGAAAAAGUUAAAUGAUUUUCGGAUGAUAACUCAAGAACGCUUUUGCCUAGGAUCAUGACACUUCAUAGGUACAUUGAUCGUGACCCGCAGAUGACCCCUUUUGAUUUUCAGGUCACUAGGUCAAAGGUCAAGGUCACAGUGACAAAAAUCGUAUUCACACAAUGGCUGCCACUACAACGGACAGCCCAUAUGGGGGGCAUGCAUGUUUUACAAACAGCCCUUGUUUAUUGAAUGGAUUCCUUAAACACCUCUUAUCACUCUUCAUAGGUAGUAUAUGUAGUAUUAUCUGUAUAAUGCAUAUUCAAGUUGCUGAAUUUGUUUUGUUUGUGUUGUUUUUGUCGUCAUUUCCUAUGUUUUGCUGCUGACAUUGUCAUUGCUGUAAUUUGAAAUGCAUAUUGUUUAAAGUUUAUGAUUUUAUUUUAAUUCAUGUUAUGAAUUUAAAUAAUUUCAUAAUUGAAAUAAUUAAUUGUUUUAAUAGUUUUACUACCGAAUUUGUUAAAUCAUCGCAUGCUUAUGAUGUUUAGUCCCUUUAUGUUGCAAUAUGGUGAACUAUUGUGAUCACCCUAUAUCAGGCGACCGUCAUCGUUCGUUAUGUGUCGUCAACUUUUAGCUUGCUAUCAUACAAGAGGCAUUUUGAUAAUGUAUAGACCGAGUUCGAAACUUGGACAUGUGCGUCCAGAUGCUCGAAAAGCAUUUAUAUCACUGUUAAGACCACAUUUAUAUCUCAAUCCCAUUGACAAUUGGUCAAAAUAGUUAUCUUGACAAUAUCAGGGCUGAAUUUAAAUCUGGGUAACGUCCAUCCAAUAACAAUAUAACUAGGUCAACUCUUACAAAAACGUUGUCCUUUAACAGGCUAUAAGUAUGACUCAUUCUUGGUUAAGCUUGGUCAGAUUGUUUAUGGGUACAAUAUAAAGGCGUGAUUCAAAUUUUGCUCAAAUUAAUUCAAAAACGUAGGUCACCAGGUGAACUCUUAACCUUGUUGCCUCGCUAGAUGGCACAUUCAUGGCUCAAUCCUGGAAAAUGGUUCGACGAUUAGUCUCCCUCGAACUUAAAUGAGCGCCUUAGGGCCAUCAUGACCUUCUUGUUUUUGGUUUAAUACCAAUAUUACGUUUUGCUUCCUGAGAAAACGAAGGUGAAAAUUCUGCUCUAAGAAUACUUUAAUGUUUUUGCCAAUACACUGAAACAAACUUUAACAAAAUGGCCGUAAAAGAAUUUAUGUUGUAUUGAAAUAAACGUAGUGCAUACUUAUAAAAUCAACACAUAUAUAUAUAUAUAGAUGCUAGGUCGUUGUCCACAUCAAGAAUGUAUUCGCUUUUGUAUCACAUAAAGGGACUUAAAAAAUGACCGUGUUAUGUGCGCAAAAUAAGUAAAAUUAUAGCAUAUGCUAGUUCUAGUAAUUAAUGUUAGUUUUAUUUUAAGUAUCUGUUUAAUUGUGUAAAUAUGAAAUUGUUAAACAUUUACAAAUAGCAUGUUAAAGGGGUUAAUCGAUGCCGCGUUCUACCGAAUAGUAAGCAGCGCACAGUGCUGACAUCAAAAUAGUACCUUUUUGUUUGUAUUAAAUUGUGUGUCUAAUUUUAGACAAUACAUAAAAGUUAAGACGAAGUUCAUUCAAAAACGUCGCACUGAAAAUGUUUCUUAGCUACCAUAAAAUAACAUUGCAUGGACCUUGAAAACGUAUUCAUACGGUUCUAGGCGUUUUAAAUAUUUCACAUUAGAGCAAAUGAAAAACAUUCAAAAUUAAGUUGCAAGGAGAAUUUAUAUUGCUGUUCACGUUUGUUUGCAUCGGAGCGUGUCUUUUAUCUUACAUCGAUAAACCCCUUUAUUGCUUGCUGAUAUAACAUUAAGCCUAUGUCAUUCGAAUUAAUUAUACGUGUAUUCAUACUGAUUAUAAGUGUACACCAAUUCCCAUUCAGUGGCGUUUGUAUACAGAUCGAUGAUGGUUUAGCCCUCUGUCGCGAAAUGUGUCCGUUUAUUUUUAAUGUUCGCGAGUGCUAUGCUUAAGCACUUAAAACACACACAUUAUGAUGUACAAAAUCAAGUCUGCUUUUUAUGUCCCCCACUAUAGUAGUUGUUUUUGCCCUGUCUGUUGGUCUGUUGGUCUGUCUGUUGGUCUGUUUGUUGGUCUGUUUGCGCCAAUUUUAACAUUUUGCAAUAACUUUUGUUAUAUUGAAGAUAGCAACUUCAUAUUUGGCAUGCAUGUGUAUCUCAUGAAGCUGCACAUUUUGAGUGGUGAAAAUUCAAGGUUAAGGUCAUCCUUCAAGGUCAGAGGUCAAAUAUAUGUGGCCCAAAUCGCUUAUUUUAUAAAUACUUUUGCAAUAUUGAAGAUAGCAACUUGAUAUUUGGCAUGCAUGUGCAUCUCAUGGAGCUGCACAUUUUGAGUGGUGAAAGGUCAAGGUCAAGGUCAUCCUUCAAGGUCAGAGGUCAAAUAUAUUUGGCCCAAAUCACUUAUUUUAUGAAUACUUUUGCAAUAUUGAAGAUAGCAACUUGAUAUUUGGCAUACAUGUGUAUCUCAUGGAGCUGCACAUUUUCAGUGGUGAAAGGUCAAGGUCAAUGUCAUCCUUCACAAGGUCAAGGUCAUCCUUCAAGGUCAAAUGUCAUAUAGGGGGACAUUGUGUUUCACAAACACAUCUUGUUUAUUUUAAGGCGAAAGGUCAAUACUGCGAAGGUUUAUGAAACAUAUCCCGGGUAGGCUUAAAAUUUAUUUCAAAAAGUAUAACUGUUCUAACUAUGUAUAAACCAUAAAUUCAGUAAUUACAAAAAGUUUGAGACAUCGAUUCAAUUCUGGGUAUCCGUGUCCUUUAUACAUCUUACUAAUUUAUAAUGCUGUUGCUCUCACUGUGCGUUUUUCUUUUGGCAUGUUCAUGUAUAUAAUUAUAUGAAUUCAUUUGAUUUUGUAAAUCCAUGUAGCAUCUAUGUAAAAGUGUCAAUACAUACGAGCGGGCUUAAAUACAGACAUUUUAUCCUGUAAGAAAGAGUGUACCUAGAGUCGGCAACUAGACAUGUAUUUAUAGUUAUAACAUACACAUAACGUGAUAAUAAGAAUUCAUUAAUUGAAAUGCACACACUAACCAUUAAAUUAAAAAGUCUUCUGAUAACAUGUGAAGCAUAUCGACCAACAGCUGUCUUGUACUAGAAAAUUACUCUUCUCAUGUAAGAAGAAAUAAUUUUAGAUGAUUUAUCUUGUUUACCAUGUUCAAUAGUUUACUAAAAUGCAUACAGUUAGUAAAAGUUUAGCAAAAAAUACAUUUCAUUCAAAACUAAUACUCCGAACAAGCUCUGUUUAUGUAUUUAAUAGAUUGGCCGUAACUGUAAAUGUAGCAUAUAUCAGGAAGUCAAUUUAGUAGACUGUAUUGGCUAUAGAGCAAACAUAUAGUCAUUUGUUUCAAUGUUACAUUACGCAGUUGAAGCAAAAUAAACACAGAAGAUUCACUAGUUUAUUUCCAACUAGAUUUGAAACAGUGUUAUAUGAAUUGCAUGUCCAAUACCAUGUUUGUACCAAUGGCUGAAUGGGACAAUAAACAUAUUAUUAAUA